AUGGCCAUGGGAGAAGCCGUCUGCGAUCUUCCACUUCCCCACCUCGGGGUACAUACAGACGACGGCAUAGCUAUUAAGCGGGAGAAGGAGAAGGAUGGAAGAGGAGGAGGAGGAUUGGCUCGUCCGCCCGCACUCCCGCCCGCUGUCCGCUGCCCGCCCUGCCCGCCUGCCUUUCCAUCCUCCUCCUCCUUCCCACUCCGACCCCUCGUCCUCGUCCUCCCCCCGUCGCUCAUCGCGCUCCUCGCGCACUCCCGCCCGCCGCCUGCGCACGCACGUACGCCCGCGCUUCCCUUUCGCCCCGAGAAUGCCCGUCGAUCAUGCGCGCGGGACCCUGGUCCAUGGCAUCAAUUGCGACGCAGGGUGCGCCGUCGACACCGGCGCGCGCUCCCGCAGCGCUGGCACGCUACGCUGAGCCCAAUUUCCUGGCAGGCGAGCGUGCCGUCGCCUAGCGCAGAACAUCAAGCUUCACCAGGUUGCCCGUUUAAGGGGCUCCCGUGCCCGCCUGCCCAUCGGGAGUCCGUCCACGUCACGACGCUUGAUCAACAUCCAACAGCCGCCGCUGACGACGGGCUCGUGCUGCUGUCUUCGGCCCGCGUGGAGCGUCGGCCUUCGCGCCUUUCCCCGCCGACAAUCUGCGACGUCGCCGCGUGGCCGGCGCAGCCCAGAGAGCCAGAGCGGUCUCGCUCCAGCAGCCCUCCGGCUGCCCUCGGCCUACCCAAGCCAACCUCGCGAUCGCCACCUAACCACCUGUCUGUCUCCGCCCGGCUGUUGCUCCCCGCCGCCCCAAGCACCCCCCGGCCAGCCCGCGGUGCGCGCGCGCCCAGCCAAUGUCCUGAUCAUCUGAUCGCCCAUCUCUCUCUCUCUCUCUUUCUCUGA